GGAAGGGGCACGGGCACGAACGGAACAGGACUCUGAGGGGUGCGGAUGCCGAGGUGCUGCGAGGAAGGAGCAGCCCAGGAGACCGAGGAGGCUGAAGCCACUGCCAAGGCUGCCAACCAGUAAACAGACCGGGAGGUAACCCGAGCCCCUCCGGGCGCACCAUCAGAGGACGGCCCCUCCUCGCCGCCCGCUGCGCACGGCAAGGGUUCGCCCUGGACGCCUAGACCCCUUGCGGCCGAGGCCAGGAGCCCCCCGAGGCCAGCCAGGGGAUUGCAAGCGCCCACGGCUCCUCCCCUCCUCUUUCUGGCGGCGGACGGGGCCAGAACUGAUCCCGGAGUCCGGAUUGGCUCUGGGAGGUAGCGUGGGGCCGGAUCCCGGUGGCCCAGUCCGGGGGCGUCGCCCCAAAAAUGACACCCACUGCUCUCAGGUUCUGCCAAUCCCUGGGCACGCAGGGCGGACGCGCCGGGGGUAGCCCCCGCCCCUCCUGAUGGUUAGCGUCACGCGUGACGUUACACGUGAUGGGUGGGAAGGCGGGGGUGAAGCGCGGAGAGCUGCAGAGGCCAGGAGCCCAGGAAACUAAAAUGGGUGAGUUGCCCUUAGAUAUCAACAUCCAGGAACCUCGCUGGGAUCAAAGCACUUUCCUGGGCAGAGCCCGGCACUUCUUCACUGUUACCGACCCCCGAAAUCUGCUGCUGUCUGGGGCGCAGCUGGAAGCUUCCCGGAACAUCGUGCAGAACUACAGGGCCGGCGUGGUGAUUCCAGGGCUGACCGAAGACCAGCUGUGGAGGGCCAAGUAUGUGUACGACUCUGCCUUCCAUCCUGACACGGGGGAGAAGGUGAUCCUGAUUGGCCGCAUGUCAGCCCAGGUGCCCAUGAACAUGACCAUCACCGGCUGCAUGCUCACCUUCUAUAGGAAGACCCCCACCGUGGUGUUCUGGCAGUGGGUGAAUCAGUCCUUCAAUGCCAUCGUUAACUACUCCAACCGCAGUGGCGACGCUCCCAUCACUGUGGGGCAGCUGGGAACAGCUUAUGUGAGUGCCACCACCGGGGCUGUGGCCACGGCCCUGGGACUCAAAUCCCUCACCAAGCACCUGCCCCCCCUGAUUGGCAGAUUUGUGCCCUUUGCAGCUGUGGCAGCUGCAAAUUGCAUUAACAUCCCUCUGAUGAGGCAGAGGGAGCUGCAGGUGGGCAUCCCCGUGACUGAUGAGGCAGGCCAGAAACUUGGCCAGUCAGCGACUGCGGCCAAACAGGGAAUAUUCCAGGUGGUGAUAUCGAGAAUCGGCAUGGCGAUUCCUGCCAUGGCCAUUCCCCCUGUGAUCAUGAACACUUUGGAGAAGAAAGACUUCCUGAAGCGCCGCCCCUGGCUGGGGGCGCCCCUGCAGGUGGGGCUGGUGGGCUUCUGCCUGGUAUUUGCCACCCCCCUGUGCUGCGCCCUGUUCCCCCAGAGGAGCUCCAUACAUGUGAGCAGGCUGGAGCCAGAGCUGAGCGCUCAGAUCCGUCAGCAAAACCCCAGCAUCGAAGUCGUCUACUACAACAAGGGGCUGUGAAGGAGAGUCAGCCCUGGCCCUCCCUCGUCUCCUUGGGCUGCUGCAUUUCUGGAGCCCUGCCAUCCUGCCACUUUCUCUUCUGCCUGAUAUUGAGCAAGGGGCUUGGUGGGGAGCAGCCAUUGAGACCAGCAAUCCACUAGGCUGGGAAAGGUACCUAGUAAGUCUUUUUCUCUCCUCUCUGAUUCCAAAGAGCAGGGUCACAUAAUCCCUUUCUGCUGCACUAGUGUGUCUUUGCAUAUGCAUAUGUGAUAUGUGUGUGUGUACACACUGUCCUAGAAGCUAGGAGCAGACAUGCUGUCCCGGGAUGUCCUGAUCUGGCUCCUCCUCUUGGCCUCCUGCCACCUGCCAGCCAGCCAGGCUAUGGGACUUGGACAGUUCUACUGGCCAAGCCAUUUCUCACAGCACCUCACUCCUUCUGGACAGAAGAGAAGCCCCAGGAUCUCAGGACAGACUGAGGGACACUAGCAAACCAAACUGGGUUGAAUCCUCCAGAUUUCUGCUUCCUGGCUCCCAAAGCUGACUCAGCAACGGGGCUGGCAGAGGAAGGCCUGUCAGGCUCAGGGAGGCAGGGGGCUUAUACUCUCCCCACAUCCUGGAAUAGAGCACUUCCUCUCUGCUGCUCUACCAGAACAAAGGAAUGCCAGUCUCCUGCACUGUUCUUGCCAGCUUCCCAUCCCCCCUCCGCUGCAAUGUGGGCAUCUUCGGGCAUAAUGCUGGGAGUUCUUGGUCCACUCUACAUCAUCACCUCAAAUCUAUACCUGCAACAGCAACCCUCUCCCAAACCCUCAACCAAAAAGUCACCAAGGCAAAGAAGCAUUCCAGACCUCCCAUCGCACCUUCCUACAGGGAGACACAGCUGUGGGAAGUGCUUAAACCCCACAGGUAUCUGAAUGGGUGUAACUAGUACACUCUCAAGGGCAGCUGAGGCCACAAGUGUACGAUCUUAAGACAGGGAAUUUUGUGUUCCUUUGACCCUUGUUAGACAUUCAGUAGGACUCCCCACCUUAAGCUCCUUUUCUUUCUCGAGGCUUGGCCCUGCUCCCACCCCUAACCCCCAAGAGGAGGAGGGGCCCAAGCAUCAAGUAUCAAUGGCUGGUUCAAGGGUGAGGUAGGCUUGGGGGUGGAGUAUGUGCUAGGUGCUAGUAAACUAAGAGUACAGAGUUGGACCUUGACUCCCACUCCCAUGACCUCUGGCUGAAGUGGGAGGCCCCAGCAGGAUCCCCUAAGAGCAUUUUCCUGCUCCCCCAACCAGCUGCCACCAAUAACAAAAGCUAUGAUGUCAUUGUUAUGCAAUAAAUUGAAAAUUUGUUACCUCUUUUUAAAAAUAUAUAUUUUUAUUAAUUUCAGAGAGGAAGGGGGAGGGAGAGAGAGAGAUGGAAAUGUCAAUGAGAGAGAAUCAUUGAUUGGCUGCCUCCUGCACGCCCCACACUGGGGAUCGAGCCCGCAACCCGGGAGUAGAACUGUGACCUCCUGGUUCAUAGGUCGAUGCCCAACCCGUGAGCGCGCUGGCCAGGCUCUGCUUCUUGAUCUUCACUUGAUUGUAGGCCCUGAGGACCUAGGAAGAGCCUUUCCUUCUCUCCCCACAGAGUCCAGGUCUUGGCCGCUUCCCUCCCCUUCUGUAGGGACCCUCAGGUCCCAGCAGAGGGCGCGCUGAGGUUAGAAAAUCAGUCUUCCAUCAGCACCUGCGUACUAAAGGAGAGGGAAUACUAGUAUUGGCAGUAGAUGCCCUCCUAUUCCCUCAGCAGAUGGAGUCCUGGCUUCGUUUUCUUCAUUGCUAGGGGUGCUGAUACACCUUGGUUCCCUUCAGGCAUUUGGUAUGGAGCGGUAGCAUCUGGUCUCCAGGGAGGCCCCAGUUUAGAGGAAGACUAGAGAGCUAAGGACUGCCCAGCAUCAUCAGAGAGAAAUAGAGCACUGACACACCCUCCAGACCUCUCCUUGCCCCAUUGAUACAACAGGGAAAUAAAUCUGACAGGGACCAUUAGCCACUUAACACCCCUUCCACCUACCCUGGGGCCCUCCCUCCCUCCCUGCUUCUGUAACCCCCCUCCCUUUUUUUCCUGGGAUAUCUGAGGCUAAAAGUUCAUGCCAAUGUGCAGCUGGUGAGAGCUACUAUUAAACAGUUUAUAGUUGCCUCUUUUACCCUAAGCCUUGGCUUUGGUAGAGUCAAAAGAAUAAACUGAAUGAGUCUAUAUUAAAAUCCA